GUCAUAGAAAUCCCAUUCCCCUCUAUUGAUUUCAUAGUCCUACAAGAGGAGGUUAUUGGAUUUGCCCUCCGCCGAAGUAUUUGAUGAGAGCCUGGUCUGAGACUGAACAUAAAACCCUAAACCCCUAAAAUCUCCCACUCUCAACUCCUCCGAACUUCAACUUCGGGGCGUGCUCACGCCGUAGUCCACCACCUCUCUACGCUGCUGCUCUUACCACUGGACUAAGAAUAAAGGUGCCAGAUGGAUUAUUCAGAGCAUUACAACUAUAAUCCUACCUUGGCUUGGAAUGAUAAAGUUGAAGAGUAUUUCAUCAAUGCAUAUGGAGCUGAUCACUUUUCGAAAAUCUCCAAGGCCCUGACGCACCCAUCAUCCUAUUCCUGUAUUCGUGUGAAUACUCUGAAGUCAACAAGUGAUACUGUAACAGAAAAGCUAUUGACCAUCCUGCAGGAAACAGGGCACGGUAGUGAUGCUAAUGGUGUUAAAACGCUCAAUGGCGACACUGAUAUCACAUCUGAAGUUGAUAUGGGGAAAAAGCAAGGAAGCAUUUCAAGAGAGCCUAAUAAUCAGGUUUCAGGUCAAACCAUGAUGAACUCAAUAUUAGCUGGAGAUGCUCCUAAAUCAAGUUUGCAAAAGUUUCCUAUAAACAAGUGCCAGGUCCCUGGGUUGGACUAUGUUCUAUUUGUAAAUGGAUCAGGACCACAUGACAUUCAGUAUAGUUCUGCUCUUAACAAACCUGUGAAAGAGGUAAUUGUGAGCCGGAAAUGUGCUGAGGCAGUUCUCCGUGGCGCUCAGGUAUUUGUUCCGGGUGUAUUGGCUUGCAGUGCUCAUGUGGAGAAAGGGGACACAGUGGCAGUUUCAGUUGCCGUGGAGCAACCCGUUGAUGGUGGAUGGAGUGUGGGUAUAACCCGUGGUAUCACUCUAGAAGGAACACAGACAGAUCCACAUCAUCUUCAGAGAAGGGGCCUAUAUAUUGGCCAAGGAACGGCAGUGUUAUCAAGAGCUGGGAUUUUCCGUGCUUUACAUGGGGUUGCAGUGGAAAUGACAGACAGAGUAUUUAACUUGCCUUCUUUUCAUGGUGUGCUGGAGGGAGAAAUAUUUCUUCAGAACUUACCUAGCAUUAUCACUGCACAUGCCCUAGAUCCCCAACCAGGUGAUCGUGUACUGGAUAUGUGUGCUGCUCCAGGGGGGAAAUCAACUGCACUAGCCAUUCUUAUGAAGGAUGAAGGAGAAAUUGUUGCUGCUGAUAGAUCUCACAACAAGGUGCUGGAUAUCAAGAAAUUAGCUGCGGAGAUGGGCUUAAAAUGCGUAACUGCACAUAGGCAGGAUGCUCUUAAAGCUGUUUGCCAGAGUAACGAGACAGUCAAUUUGUCUAUGCAACAUCCCGAUGAAACAAAAAGUGUAGCUUCUGAGAUUACAAGUUGUCGUGACUUUCUGGUGGAUGAUAUGGAAUCUGUCAAAACAAAAGCAGUAGACCUUCACUUAGCUUGCAACAAAGACGUUAGCGAGGAAAUGGAAAAUCAAAGAAAUUAUCAAAGCAAAGCUGAUAUCCGGAAAAGUAUGCGGAGAAUGAGGAAUGGACCAGGAAGGAAUCAAACCAUCGGUGGCAUGGUUGAAAAAUCAAAAGGAUUUUCACCGAACAGUUUUGACCGUGUUCUUCUUGAUGCUCCCUGUUCUGCUCUUGGUCUGAGACCUAGACUAUUUGCUGGAGAGGAAACAAUGGAAUCUUUGAAAAAACAUGGAAAAUAUCAAAAAAAGAUGUUCGACCAAGCCAUACAUCUAGUUCGCCCUGGUGGAACUCUUGUAUAUUCUACAUGUACAUUAAACCCUGGUGAGAAUGAGGCAGUAGUUCGCUAUGCUUUGGAUAGGUACAAGUUCCUCUCGUUGGCUCCCCAGCAUCCAAGAAUUGGAGGAUGUGGUCUGAUUGGUGGCUGUGAAUUACUUGACGAAAAUCAUGUGGAGAAAUGGCUAACUCCUGAGGAGGCUGAAUUAGUGCAGAGGUUUGAUCCAUCAUCCAGCCUUGAUACAAUUGGUUUUUUCAUUGCCAAGUUCAGUGUUGGCCAGAAAGAUAUAUGAGUUCGAUGGGAAUAUAUUGUGCAACACUCACGUUGUAAUUGGAGGCUUAUAUUUUGUUCCAAGAUUAAUCUAAUCAGAGUUGUUAGUGUUGCGACUCCAUCCCAAUUAUUAUUAUCCUUUUGACGAGGAUUCUGAAAUAGCUUUUUGUAAUUUUAGAACUAAGAACACUAGUAUAUUUUUUCAUAGGCGAAAGUAAUAUGUUUACUGACAGUACUCUGUAGGUGGAAACAUUUGUAGAGGAAAGCAGGUUUUUGAGUUUAUCAAUACAAAUACAGAACAAGCGGCUAACACAUUUAGGCAAAGUAAAUGA